AUGUGCGCCGAAGAAUAUGGAUUAAAAUUGCGAAACACGUGUCAUUUUUUCAUUAGCAAAAAAUCGCUUGUAAUAGAAGUCCAGUUUUUCAACAUUUCCGUUCCUAAUUUAUUUUCCCUUGGUGAGGUUUCGUGGUCUAUUUUUCGUAACUUCUUUUUUCGUGUGAGACCAGCCACCAAACGCGGAAAUUCUGCUACUUAUCCACACACCAUCCGCAAUAGUAGCUCCAAUGGAAGCUUCAACUUGGACGGCAACAUCACGCUGGAUUGCAUCUUCAAUUGCAUCGGCUUUUGUUUAUCCGGCAUAUGCAUCCCUAACCCACCUAUAGCGCCUGUUUCGUUGCCACACGACGACAACUCCAGCGAUACUACCAUUCAGAUUAACCUUCAUCACGGCGAUCGACUCACGCCAUCCCUAAUAAUUGCAGUCGUCUCCGCUGUCGCCGGCUCCUUUGCACUGCUUCUCACUCUCUACGCCUACCUACGCUUCCGCCGCCGCACUCUCCGACAACAACGUAAUCCCGGAUCGGAAGCCGCAGCCGAUGCUCUCAACGACAACGACGACGAAAUCGGUGGUGAUCUCCCUCCCGGCGGCGAGAUCGAACACCACAUCUGGUAUAUCCGAACGCAGGGUCUUGAUGAUAGCACGAUCGCGUCGAUCACCUCCUGGAUUUAUAAAUCUAGCGACAGCCUCAUCGAUAGUAAGGAUUGUUCUGUUUUCUUUGGCGAGUUCUAUGAUGGCGAACUGGUACGCCUGCUCCCCAAGUGUAGCUACGCCUUUCACUUACCCUGCAUCGAUAGGUGGCUCAGAUCUCAUGUUAAUUGCCCUCUCUGCCCUCUCUGUCGCGCUCCGAUAGUUUCUCCGGCGACUGCCACUGUACUCGCACCUUCUCCUGCUUCUCCUGCAACUGCCGUCAUCUCAGAUCCAGCAGACCCAGUAAUUGGCUCCCCUGCUCAACUCGAAACCUCGCAAAUCGAGGCCUUGCCAUGGGAAAACGUUAGCGAGGAUUUUGAGGUCGGAAUUGUGACCCAACCAAGUGGAGUGUCAUCUUCUCGGCCUUCAACUUCACAACUGCCGCCUAAUUCGUUAGAAGAAGAAGAUAACUUGCAGCCAAUCCGGCGAUCGGUUUCGAUGGAUAACUUCUCUCUGGAUGUGAUUAUCAGCCACGGUAGUAGGACAGGAGAGUACUCAAUAGCUUCUAAUAGAGAGAAACCGAGGGGCUUUUUGAAAGGGAGCCUUAGUCGAAAACUACAUACAGAAAUGGAUGGAUCUCUUUCCGUCCAAAGUUCGAGGUGGUUCUUUCCCAGAGUCCCAGUGUACAAAAGGACAGUGCCUCCACGCUCAACACAGAUUCAAAACCGAAGAGCAUGACAUUCCAGCAUAGCAGCGCUCCGAUGUAGUACCCCAGUGGCGAAACCAACAACAUCUUGUUUAGUUUCAAAAACACAAAAGCACGUCGCUGUAGCGCUAUAUCACCCUCACAUCACCACUAUCGUAGCACCCCAAUGCCAGUAACUGAGCUCAGACAAUCUUCACUUAAAGUUUUGGUUUCGUUGCAAGAAGAGUGUGCGUUGAAGUA